AUGAUUUACUCGAGUAAAUUGGUUGUCUUUUACGUGAUCAAAGGAUCGGUUUUGUCAAAUCUCCCUACCACCACCGUCCAAGAUCCUCAGCCUCUUCUCUCUGCUCUGCCGUCUGCAGUUUGCCUCACCGCUUCUGAAAUGGCGGAUCUGCUUCACAAGAGGCUAAGGGCUAUGAAACUCGAUGAAGAAGAACCACUUACUCUCCCAGACAGUCCUCGGUUCAGAGUCUAUGACCAGAACUCUCUGAGUAUCCUGGGUCGUCUGCUUAAUCCUGAUUGUCAAUCUAUGGCCAGGAUGAUUGAAUACAUGCCUACUGCAUGGCGUGUAUAUGAUAGAGUUCGUGGGAUUGCUCUUUCUAAGGACCGCUUCCAGUUCAUUUUCCAGAGAGAGGAAGACCUCGAGACGGUACUUAAGGAUCGGCCUUGGUCAUAUAACCAUUGGGCAAUGGCUCUCGAACGUUGGACUGACAGCCUGCCGGAAAAUUUCCUAUACUCUAUGGAGCUCUGGAUCUGCAUCCGCAAUAUUCCGGCAGUCUUUUUCACGACUGAUACUAUGUUUAAACUGGCAUCCGAAGUAGGAAAGGUGGAAGAGAUAGCUUAUGAUCCGAAAGUGUCGCACACCAAGGACUACAUAAGAGCUUUGAUCACUUUCAAUACUGACAAUCCGGUUAAGGCGUCUCGUAGGCUCAACAUGCCUAAGGGUGAGGGCUCUGUUUUGAUUGAGUUUGAGUACGAGAAAAUUCAUAAGAGGUGUUUUCAUUGUCUGAGGCUUACACAUGAGAAGAUCCGAUGUCCGUUGUUGAGAAAGGAUUAUCGAGCAUCCAAUAUGUUGCCUACUGUUCAGGAAGGACCUCAAACAUCCCUGCAAAUUGUUAAGACUACAGGUGUGUCUUCUGUUACUCCAGAGGUGGGACCUCCCGGCUUCACAAUCAUGUUCCCUGAACUGUCGGACCAGGAUAGGCGUAGUGCAAUGGUGUAUGUCUCUCACGCUGAUGAGACAGAGCGUAAUGCGAGGAUCCAACGUGUCCGUCACGCUAUUGAUGAUUCUGCUAAGACUCCACCGGUUAUACUUACAAAGAUCUCCCAUGACCUUGACAAAGGAAAAGGACAUGUGUUCAGCUACCCGGAUAUCAGGUCGCGUCUUCAAUGGGCUGCGACAAAGAAGUUGCAGAGCAUGUCGUCUGCGCCUUUGGUUUCCCUAGAAAGUGAAGGUGAAGCUGAGUCAUCUUCGGUUUCUCUUCCUGUUGUAUUACCUCCCUCUGAUAUUACUACGGGUUUUCAGGUAGGGACAUCCUCUAUGGAUCCUACUACCGGUAAUAUUAAGGGUGGUAAGAAAGCUCGUCGUCGCCCUCCUUCUUGGAAGCGAAAGACGCAGGGGAGAGUUGCCGGUACAACCAGUAACUCAGCUCAGAAGGGGGACAGUUACAAGGAGAACGGUACCAAAAGGAAAUCAGACACGUCUACGCCUUCAUCGUUAGAAAGAUCGACCAAGAAACAAGAAUUUUCGGUGGCUUCCGGUUUGAAGCCGCUGCUAUUCCAAUGA